AUGUUAACAAGAGCACAAUUUCAAGAUUUAAUUUCUCUUGAACAAUAUUCGAGUAACGAAACACAAACCGACGACUGUAACCUCUCGCUACCCGAAUCCAUUCAAAGAAAAUACGCCAUGAAAAGACUGAAAUUGUUGUAUAAACUUCUUAACAAUUGGGGGGUCGAAGACAACACAGAUUAUAGUGAAAUGUUUAACAAAGUCAUAGAAUCUGUUAAACCAAUUGAAAACGACAUAAAAAAUCCCGGUGUUCUUGUAGACCUUUUCGCCUCAAAAUUACCAGUUACAACCAAUCUAAUAGCAACACAAGCUAUAGAGCAAUUUAUUUUAUGUUUUCCCAAGCAAUAUAGACAACACCUGAGGGAAACAAGAAUAGGAAAAUUUCAAUUGGUGUAUCCUACAACAUACAACUAUUACGAAGAAGCAAAUGAAUAUGGAGAACUCUCAUUCCAUUUCACACUUUCAGUUCCUGAGGGAGAAGAAAAAGCAAUCUAUCAUGUACAAUCUCUUGCAGGAUGUGAAGGAAAACCCCACAUAAUAACUACUGUUGCAAUUGACAAACCUGCAAGAGUCGAAGACGAUGUUUUGUUCGCGUCCAUUGCUGGUUUUGGCAUGGGAGAACCAAUUCCAAUUUCCCAUUUCACAGAAUACUCAGCACAACAUUUUCAAAAUGUAGAAUUCGUGUUCUACGACCAUCAAAAGUUCCUGUUAACAAAACCAAAGAAACAAUUUGUCUCAAUAUUUGUUGCUGGUCAUGUGGCUGACAAAGAGCCAUCAGAUACUGACAAUGAAGAAGAGGAGGAGGAAGAAGAAAACAAUAGCGAUGUCGUUCUUAACGAAUAA